AUGCGAUGCAGGCCUUUGGUAUGGUCACCGCGAUCACUACUACCUAGCAGAAAUGCUAGAUACCGGCCAUCGUCUACAUCCACGCACGCUCCGCUGUGGACAUCCAGCAAUGCACCCAAUGGAUUGGACAGCCUGAAGGCAAAGGCAUCCAAGCAGGGGGGCCAGAAAGAGCCUCGCCGCAAUCUUACAGAGCAGGCUAUGCGGGAUCGAGAGGAUUUAUUGCGGGAAUUUGGUCUGGAAAUGGUUCCAGGCACUGCCAGCCAGGGCACAGGUGCGGACAUCAAUAAGAUGGGCCAGCUACAAAUAACGGACGCGAAUCUGAGUAAACGGCCUCAUAAGACUGCCCUGGUCCUAUAUAGGGCUCCAGCUUCCCUUACAGAGAGAGACUUUCUACGCAUCCUAGCCCCGGGAAAACAUAUUGAAGGGUGGAAGAGCCAGGGAGGACUGGAGCAGAUAAUUCCUACUCGGAAUCCCAAGACUCUGGACCGAAUGAAUGGUUGGAUUCUUCUCUUCUCAAAUCCUGCUGCGGCCGCUGCAUAUCAGGGGAAAGUACACAAGCUGCGUGAGCUACUUCGAGACAAAACUCCGUUUUACCCGGCGUCGAGCAUCGACCUUCCGUCUAACUACGAGGUUCCGGGCUCUAUGGGCUUUACAUUGCAAGACUAUACACUCACUGCACCCUGGCAAUUCCCCCUGAUUACCGCCGAGUUCUUCCCGUUCAGUAACUGGGUGUCCUCCUGUAUCAGAACCCAGGAAUCAAUCACAGGAGUGAUAGCGCACGACGAGGAAGAACCUCCUGAAACGUCGGCACCGGUUCCAUUCUCCUCGGAUGCAGCUGGAUAUCCUGUGCGAAUGUGCAUUUCGCGUGACUCAUUCCUCAGCCCGACGAGAAAAUCGCUGAUCAAUUUUCUUUACUGGGAUGGGGAAAGAAGAUCUGUUCCCUGGGAUCUUAUCGAGGGCUGGGAUAAGGUGAUAUUCCUGACUAACGGGAAGGAGGAUGGCAGCACACCGCUGGGUGAAAAGGCUCAUGCGAAGCCCAAGUUCGGAGAAUAUGACAUCAGCAACUGGAGAGUAACGUUCAGGUCUGCAUCUGAUGCUAGGAGGUUCGUGAGGACGUGGCAUAUGAAGGAAUUCCCACAGGCGGAAGAUAUGGACUAUUGCGAUCCGCCGCCAGUGAUCAAGGCCGAAGCUCUCUUCUGGGACGAGAGUUUUUGA